AUAACAAAUUGAAAAGAAAUUCUAAUUUCAAAUUCACAAUGAUUUGAUGUUUCCACUUGAAUCUCAGGGGAAAUCUGGUAAAAACAAGAAAGAUGCUUUUGCUUUUGGCGCGAAAGUCAUAAAAUGGCGGAUGAUUUGAUGAGUGGAACUGAAGGUGAUCAGGACAUUUUAACAUUGGACGAGUGCGUUGACGUUUUGCAAAAAGAAGAAGCAGUGCGGAAAAAGCCUCCAGCUUGCAAUGAUGGUAGUUCAGUAUUGGAUAUCUUAAAAAGUAAAGCUGAGCAAGAAGGAUUAACUGAAGAACAUAUCACUCAGCUUGUCAAAGUUUCCACAAGCAAGAAAUUUACUGAUGGAGUUGUCAAUCAGAUUAUCAAGUGUUUAAUUCCAAGAGAUGAAAUUACUGCUGAUUGUGUUGUGGAUCUUAUAUCAAAAUUGUGUGCUAAUGCCAUCAACACUAACAUCCAGAUGUCAUUUCUCAAAUGGCUUAUAAUGGCGUAUGAAUGGAUCAAUGACAAAGAGACAGUUCAUUGCUUGUAUGGGAUGCUGUUUCUUUUCUUGGAUAACGAGGCUCUGUGUCCUUACAUAUGUCAUUUUCUGUACCUCAUGACACAAAAAGAGGAUGUCAAACCCUUCAGAAUAAGGAAGUUAUUAGAUCUGCUGGGAAAAGUGGGACAACAAUCAUAUCUGAUUGGUCUUCUAUCGUUAUAUAAAAUUCACGCACCUUACUUGGUUUCAGUCAAUGUUCCAAAGAUCAAAAAGGCGUUUUUCAAAAGAAAAGAUACCAAAUGGUUAGACAUUGUUUGGAAUGUUAAAUCUGCAUCAAGAGCUGACAAAACUGAAGAAAAAUUGUCAACAAUGGGCAAUGAUCCUAUCAUAGGUUUACCGCCGGCAAAAAGGCGGCGAAAAGACGUCAUCGUUCCCUCAUCGCAGGGAUAUGUACAAAACAUUGGUGAUGAUCUACAAAACAAGAAAAUAAAAAUUGAACAGAUUUUAACUUUUAAAGAUUUCCUGACCCAUAUUGAUAAACUGGAGUUUCCAAAUCAAAUGGGAAGUAUUCUGGAAUCACGUUAUCUUCAACAUCUUCUUGUAGUCUCGCAGGAUGAAGCUGCUGUGAUGCGGUUAGACUUCUGGUUGCAACAAGCUCUUUAUGAAGAGUUGAUCAGCGCUCCAUCAGGCGUGACAAGUGAACGAGUGACUAAAUUCUUGCAAAACCUUUUAAGCUUUGUAAACUUCUAUCAGAAGCCACUCUCAUCUCUUGAGUCGUGUUUGACGCAGUAUUUGCUUACGUGGAAUGGUGUGGACUAUCAAACAUUGAUAUUUUUACUCGUAUCGCAUCUUCAAAUUAGACCAUUUGAAAAAUUGAAUGAUUUGAUACUCGAGCCUAUUCGAAAGUUGUUCUUCUGUUCAUCACUGGAGUUUAAGUGCCAAGUUAUUAACUGUUUUACCGAAAUGCUGUUAAAUCUUGCACGUUCUACUUUAUCAAACUCUAAUGAAGAGGAGGACAAGGAAUCGCAAAGUACUUCAGCGACGCCUUUCAGUGUAAAUGAUCUUUCGACGUCUGAACGAGGAACACGGAAAAUAUGUUUAGUAAUGAAAGAGCUUGUUGGGUUCGUGAAUAAAAUUUGCACUGUUGCUUUUCAGGUGGACUCAGAUAACAUUCUUCUACAACAUUGUGCUUUAUGUUUCUUUGAAAAGGUGUCCGCACUACAUUGUCAUUAUCCUGCCAUUAAGUUUGUUCACAUUCCAUUGGGAGCCAUCGUCUACCGUCUUCUCUUUGCUUCGAAUCCAAUGGCCGUGUCAAGGCUUUGCAAUAUUAUUGUAAAUUACAAAGAGGCCUUCGAAUCCCUAAAGAAAGCUCAAGAAGACAGUGCCGACGGAGACGUUUUGGAUGGUUUUGAGAGUCUCAAACGAUUUAAUCAAUAUAUUUUGGAUAUAUCGGAUACGAUAUGGAGAAACAAAGCCUUUGAAGACCGAGCCAAGUCCUUAUGCUACAGCAUUCCAAGGCCAGUAACAGAUUAUUUGGGAGUCUCGCACAUUAACGAGCGUUUCUCGAUUGUGAAUCACGUGGCAUUUGUCUGCAUCGCGAAGAUGUUUCUGGUUCAAACUCAAGACAAAGACGUCAAACUGAACCCCAGUUUAAUCAAGGGCAAGGCAAGAAGUGUGUACUUGGAAUUUUUGAACAGACAAAACCUUAAUGGAGUUAUUAGGUUCCUAAACACCUUUAUUAAACAAAGAGUUUUAUAAACUGAUAAAGAAUUAUGGACCUUGUGCGCUAUCGACUAAUUUCAGAUCUUGGCAACAAUUAAGAAUUAAAGAAACAUAUAUUUGCUAGGCCUUUACGGAUUGUGCUCGGCAACUUUUAAGCAACUUGAAAAACUGCUCUGGUUUCGAGCAGCAACUUUUGCUUUUUUGAGUAACAGGAAGCAACUUUUAGGCUUAUGUUCCGUACUGCUAAUUUUGCACUAAUUAUUACUGAAUAAAAUAUCGCCAAUUAAAAUAAUUAUUUAUGCACCUGCACAAUCUGUAGAGGCCUAAAAAAGCAUCCAUUAGUAUAAUUGCAGUUUAGUUGCGAACUUCGGUAAAAAAUAUAGCAAUACGAAGUUGGCAAAUUUUGUAUAUUUUUUGUAUUACGUGAAGAAAUGUGUAAGAAAAUUAUAGUUACAAACUUCCGGCCGUAAGGCAAACGUGCGUAUAUAAAUUUGCUACUUCGCAUGACUAUAUUAGUAUAUAUUUUCUGUACUUUACAACAUUUCGCAGCCAAACCUUAUAGCGAUUAUACAAUUUUUUAUCGCCUAAAUAGGCAAAAACUCGACUUCUAUUGCAACGUCUACGAUAUUUUAGUUAUAUUUGAUUUAGCUACUCAACCUAUUGAUAUUUGUAUAUAAUUUAUAUUGUAAUUAAAAAUGGGCGAAAUAAAAAAAUAAUACGCUGUAAAGAGAUGAAAAUAUUUAAAAAACAUACCACAUAUGUAGACUGUUGUAGUCCGAGAUGGCCAAUCACCAUAAACCACGAGAGCGAGUAGUAAGAUUGUUUCAUAACGUAGCCAAAUCCCAUGUAAAAAGCAAAAAAUACGAAAGAAAAUCCACAAAAAUGUAA